GGUCACGGUCACUUUGCGCCUGUAUCUGGGUGACUUCUAGGCGGCGCGGCGCAGUCCAUCCCCCUCCCUCUCGUCGCAGUUCUGCGCGGUCCUCGUUCCCUGUCCCCCUCUAGGUUUUUCUCUCAGCUUCUGCCACCGGUCGCUUGGGCUCGACGCGUCGUCGCCCGCCGCUGCAUUUGGGAGGAAAGAUGAAUGGGCGGGCUGAUUUUCGAGAGCCGAAUGCAGAAGUUCCAAGACCAAUUCCCAUCAUAGGAGCUGAUUACAUUCCGACAGAGGAAGAAAGAAGAAUGUUUGCAGAAUGCAAUGAUGAAAGCUUCUGGUUCAGAUCUGUGCCUUUGGCUGCCACCAGUAUGUUGAUUACGCAAGGACUAAUUAGUAAAGGAAUUCUUUCAAGUCAUCCCAGAUUUGGUUCCAUCCCUAAACUUAUAUUUGCUUGUAUCAUGGGAUACUUUGCUGGAAAACUUUCUUAUGUGAGAACUUGCCAAGAAAAGUUCAAGAAUCUUGAAAAUUCCCCUCUGGGAGAAGCUUUACGAUCAGGACAAACGCGCCGAUCUUCACCACCUGGGCAAUAUUCUCAAAAGUCAAAAUAUGAUUCAAAUGUGAGUGGUCAGUCCUCUUUUGUGACCUCCCCAGCAGCAGACAGCAUAGAAAAGGAGAUGCUUCCUCAUUAUGAGCCAAUUCCAUUCAGUGCUUCUAUGAAUGAAUCCACUCCUACUGGUAUUUCUGAUCAUAUUGCCCAAGGACCUGAUCCCAACCUUGAAGAAAGUCCCAAAAGAAAAAAUAUUACAUAUGAGGAAUUAAGACAAAAGAACAGAGAGUCAUAUGAAGUAACUUUAACACAAAAGCAUGGCCCCUCAGUCAGGCCUAUGCAGGAAAGAGUGCCCCAAAAAGAAGUCAAAGUAAACAAAUAUGGAGAUACGUGGGAUGAAUGAAAAAGUACCUCAUUGGACAUCAUGAAGCAGUUUCAAUAUUCAGCUUCAUCUAAGUGAUUGUGAAAUAUCUGCAUGCUUUGAGCUCAGCAGCAUUCUUCAUAAACGCACUUAAAACUAAGUUUUGCUUUGUGUGGUUUGACUUACUAUGAUGUUUAAAGAACAAUAUAGAUUUUAGGGUUAAGAUCAUGUAAAUGUAGGCUACAUUGGGGGCUACCGUGAAUGAUGGUGUUAUGCCACGAGUAUGUACAGUUUGCAAGCUUUUUUCAAGUUACAAGACAAAGAUACUCUUCUAAAACUCUUAAGACUGUGAUGCUCUCGAUUUUGCUUAUAUGAAAACAAAUGAUAUCUGCAUGUUGAAUUGAGGUGGGGGGGGGACCAAGCAUAAUUUUUAAGUGUUUAGCUUUGCAUCAUUACUAAAAACGCCUUUCUCUACUAUUUACUGUAUUAUUGUAUUGUUUAUGGUAAAUAAAAUAUAAAGCAGCAUGCAA